UUUAGGAAUCAAUACCAAGAAUACAAUGCACAGCUUUAAGAGAGGACUCAGAUAAGCCAUGCAAUAUUAGUUUUUGUGAGAACUGCAUUAUGAAAAAAGCGAAUGAGAAUUUAGAAUGGAUAAAGAAUAAUAAAGCCAGUUACAUUGCUAAAAAUGGUAAAACAAUUCAACAUCGAUCUGAUCUAACAGGACUAAAAUGGGCUUGUCUAAUUUGCAGAGGUCUAUGUGAUUGCGAAUCAUGUUCUAAAGAACUCAAUCUUCCAAGAUUAUCAUUUAACAAAAGAAAAACAACACCAUGUCCAGAUCUAAAUGGCAUUCAGUUGUUAUACUCUGAAGAAGAAAUAUGGACUCGUUUGCAGAUUCGGGAAUUUAUUUUUCGUUUUGGAAGUCUAUAUGAUUUUGACAGUCGAUUAGUCAACAGUUUACAAAAUGUACAAGGUGACUGGAAGAUUAAAAGAUUAGGAGCAUAUAUUGUGUGGAAAUUUUUAAUCAUUUUAAAUGGAAGUGGACACUAUGAAUUACUUGGUUCAGUAGAAGAAGAAAGUGUUCCACAGCGGGCACGAAGGAUACUUAAUGAUUGGAUGAUGGAAAAGAAAAUCUAUAGACUCUAUUUGGAUGUAGUAUCUAGACAACAAGCAUUACUUGAUAUUUUGUUUCUGGAAGGAAUGACAGGCAAACGAUGGCAAGAUAUAGCUGAAUUACUUGCAUUAGCAAAUCUGGAUGAUAUUCCUGUCCCUACGUCACGUGAUAUCAAUCAAUUAAACCCACAUAAUAAGAAUAACAAUAAUGAUGAUGAUUCCAUGGAUAUAGAUGAUGAUACUGAAGAGUUACAAAAAAGAAUCAGGCGUUUUCAAAAAUCAAGUCGAAGCUCUUCGCUUUUAUCCACUCAGGACGAAUUGAAAAUGAUUCAUAUGUUACUGGAAUUGCUUUUGUUUGAAACACUGUCACGACACUCUUUGAACAUGCCAAAAACAAAAGAGAAUAAAGAUAUGGAAUUAAAUUUCAAAAAAUAUACAAAGGAUUAUCAUGUAGAAGAAUCCAAGAAAAAAAGCCAACGCAAUAGUUUAUUAACACGUAUCAGUCAGUUAAGGAUGCUCAAAGGAAAAGAAGAAGAUUUAAAGAUGGCACAGAGUGAGCUUGAUUUAUUAGAGACAGUGCUUCGUGAUGAUCGGAUGGAAUUUGAAAAGAAGAAGCUUGAAUUAGCCAUACAUAAUGCUAAGAUACAAAAACGAAUGGAAGCGAUUGGACAUGAUAAGUUUGGCAAUGAGUAUUGGGUGUUUAGUGAUAUUUUAGAUCAUACAGCAAGUGAUUAUAGAAAUAGUGAACCUUAUUGGGCCUAUGGUAUUAUUCUUAUUGGACCAGGCUAUGAUACAGAAAAGGAGACUACGAGAUGGUGGUAUAUAUCGGGCAAGAAAAAUUUGACUAUGCUUAUAGAUUGGAUUAAGCAGAAUCAAGAUAAAGAUCAACCAACGCUGGCGAUAGAAAGCUUUAUAAAUAAAAUAAAUCAGCGGGUUGAAUAUCUUACCUCCUUAGAAUGGGUUGUUUAUGGUGAUGGGUUUUUCUCUUAAGAGUUCCAAAGAAGUUAUAUACCUUACAAUAAUAGAAUAAUAAACGCUUACUUGCUUGCUUAUUUAUUUAUAUACUUUCUUCAACACAUUGUUUCCCUUGAUUCUUGAUACUUUUAAAUGAUAUAACUUUUCUUGUGUUUU